UGGACAGAAACGUACACAAAUGUGAAGAACUUACUUGCACCUUAGAGAUUGUUUCAUGCGAUUCAUUAGUGAUACAUACAUGUGCAAACCAAAGCCAGCAGGCUAUAUUUCAGGCAUUUCUUCCUUUUCUGAAGGUUUAUUCCAGAUGACAUUUCCUCCUGAUUUGUAGGAUCACUUGCGAUGUACACGAUGUCACCUUAUAGACAACGGCAGGCCGAAGAUUUGCCACCACGAAUCCAGGACGAAGUAGUUCUAGAUCAUUCCCCAUGCAUGUCCUUUGUAGGGCAGGACGACGAGGACCACGACGGCAAUUCGGGCUUGGUGGAAGCGCAGCAAUAUGGCGUACAAGACCAGAUGUCGCGCAUACCCGCGGGUUUGGCUGGCAAAGCAUCACGGCUGACUCCGCAGCACGUUUCGCUGUCAAGAUCCUCCUUCUCGGCCUCUCAUGAUGGUUCAGUGCUGCAGGACCAGCCCAGUUUGGUGUCGGAGGAGCGACACGAAUCGCCUCUCUUCUCCCUGCUACAAGGCAGACUAUCUGCCAGCAGGGCGUAUCAAGGGGUUUGUCAUGAUUCCUCCAAUACACCCUCCCCCAACGAUGGUGGUCGUAUUCAGGCAAUGCGAGAUGAAAUUCGUGAGGAAGACCCCGAGUUAUCUGCUAACGGCCCGAAGACAUCCACCCAAUACGAGCACACCUCUGCAAGAUGUUCAAACAUUGUUCGUCGUCAGAAUGUCGACAGGAUCACGGAAUACAACACCAACAGUGCUCCGUCCAGUUCGUCAUUGCGUGAUCUCUUUGUGGCUCAUCGGGCCAGGCAGCAAGAGAGACAACAGCUACAGCCAACUCAUCACCAACAGCAGCAGCAACAGCAGCAACCCCUUCACAGCAUUGUAGCUAGUGCAGCGCGGCAUAGCCAAGCAUCAUUGAUUAGCAGCAAUGGGGCACACGGUGUGAGAAAGUCAAGACGGAGGGGCAAUCGCGCUGAGCCCUAUCCUGAUCUACCCCGACCACAGCACUACUCCAGGAAAACCAAGCUGACGGCUUCAUCGUCUAGCAAAACCGGUGGCAGUGGUGCACUGUGCACGCCGAGACCAUUCCCUGGCAAUGCAGUGGACAGUGUCAGGCAGCAUUCACAGCAAUUACACGCAAGACAGGCCAGGCAUGCAAGGUCAAAAAUAUUUGAUGUCGGUCGCACGCGUCUGUUGUCACCGCCAAUGGAUCAAGGUCCUGGCAGCAUGCAAGUGUGCGAUGUUGAAGAACCCACAGGCGUGUCCCUGGUACGAACAGGAGGUUUACACGACUAUCCGACACCACCAUCAAGUAGUCAAGAUACAUACUUUCCAUAUCCUCUACAGCGAUCACCAUCACCAACACAGUGCUUGUAUCCAAUGGAUGAUGUGGCAAGCUCUCGAGUCAUAGACUUGGCCGCUAUGUGGCAAGAUAAUGAUCAUGCAAGCGCUAUCGAUUCUAGGUCAAUGACGUCGUAUCAAGCGGAUGUGGAUACUGAUGUUGAUUGGAAAUUUGGUUCACCACCACCAGCAUCACACACCGUAGCCUAUCCGGCAAGAUGGGAUGAGCAGCAGUUGGAGCCAGAGCCAUGACUAAUGGCGAUGCUAUCCACACACACACACACACACACACACACACAUGGGCAAUGAGCAAUGGUCACUACCACUACCAGAGAGUAGUGAAAUACCGGUAUUAUACUACUCCCUGGUCACUACUGAGCAAUCAUUGCCAAGGAAGGGAGAGAACACAAAGCACCCAGCAGCAGCAACGGCAGCAGCAGCAGCAACGGCAGCAGCAGCAGCACAAGCAGUGUUAUUCCACCAGCCUCACAGACCGGAAGAGCUGGCCAGGAAUUGAAUAUGAUUGCAGCGACCGGCACAGCAUGGCCUACAAAAAACUUCAUGGGCCUCAGUCAUCACUCCGUCCUGUCGUCAGCAUCCCGUUGUGUAGCUAUGUCAAGCUACAGGAUUAGGAUUAGGUGACUACAUGGCCAGAAGACAUAAUACCAUGCCAGUGUAUCAACCCACCACAGUGCUCUUACUCUUAGGCUACUACUAGCGCAUUCUCACUGAGUCAUGCAUCAUAGCAACUGAAUAGACGCUAUUACAGUGCAGGCAUUGGAACCAGCGCUCACACACUAAUCGUGCAACCCCCCCCCAACACACACACACACACACA